AUGAAAAAGCUACUAUUCAACUUUACAAAAAGUUUAAAAUAUUAAGGGAAGCAACAGUUUUCUUGUGUGAAAUCAGUUUAAGAAUUAGAGACAUUUUGGGAUAGUUUCUCUGAAAAAUAUGUUACUUAGGAUAACAGUAUAAAUUUGUUCUACUUUUCUCUUUUAAAUAUGAUUAAAUUUGAUUAGAGAAACAAAAUUCUAGAAGUUGGAGCUGGAGGUGGCUAUCUUCUAAACCAUGCUUUAAAGUAUAAAAAGCCUUCUGCUGAAUAUUUUGCAACUGAUUUAUCAGAAAAUAUGUUGAAAAUAUUGUGUAGAAGAAUGAACUUACAAGAUUGUUUAAGCAACUAAUAAGUAAGCUAGAAUCUUUACAACUUAACAAUAUAAAAGGCAAACGGAGAAGCACUUUAAUACUAAGAUGAUACUUUUGAUUGCUAUAUUUCUAAUUUAUGCCUUUAAUUAACUUCUAACCCAGAAUUAAUGAUCAAAGAGUCAUACAGGGUUCUUCAAAAAGGAGGUUCAGCAGGUUUUUCAGUUUGGGGUGAAAAAGAUAAGUCGCUGUUUUAUACUAUUUUACCCUCUGUUUUAAGCUAAUUUGGAUAUUAAGAACCUCCAAUCAGAAGCAAUUUUCAUUUAAACAAUAGGGAAAAACUCAUAGAAAUGAUGUAAAAUGCAGGUUUUAAAAAUGUUAUAUGCUGGAACUAGUUUGCACCAUUUCACCACACAACUGAAUAAGAAAUAAAUAACUUUUUAAACUUUCCAAAUAAUUUAUAAGCAAUAGAAUCUACUGGAGAAAAUAAAGAAAAAGUUAAAUAAGCUAUAUAUCAGAAGUUAAAAGAACAUAUUAUGGAGAAAAAUCUUCCCCUUGGUUUAGAUGGACUUUUGGUGAUUGGCACAAAAUGA